CCGGCGGUGCCGCGAGAAGCAGUUCCCCGGCCCCGCCCGGCCAUGCAGGUCCCGGUGGCCGCGGAGCGCAACAAGGGCCCGAUCUUGGCGGUGCUGCGGGAGUGCGCGGGGCCGGGCGCGCUGCGGGUGCUGGAGGUGGGCGCGGGCUCGGGGCUCCACGCCGCGCAUUUCGCCAGGGCGCUGCCCCGGACGCGCUGGCAGCCCUCGGACAUCGACCCCUGGGCGCUGCGCAGCAUUGCUGCCUACGUGGAGGCCACGGGAGUGCCCAACCUGCUGCCCCCCAUCCUGCUGGACGUGUCACAGGGCUGGGAGACCUGGGGUGGCACCCAGCCCGGCACCCUUGACCUCCUGGUCAGCAUCAACAUGAUGCACAUCACAGAGCUGCGGUGCACCGAGGGCCUGUUCAAGGGUGCUGGGGUGCUGCUGAAGCCCGGAGGUGUGCUCUUCACCUAUGGGCCCUAUGCCGUGGAUGGCCAGAUCAGCCCCCAGAGCAAUGUGGACUUUGACCGCAGCCUGAGGCAGAGCAAUCCCGCCUGGGGGCUGCGGGACACGGCGCUGCUGCGGGAGCUGGCCCAGGCCAACGGGCUGUGCCUGGAGAGGAUGGUGGACAUGCCGGCCAACAACAAGAGCCUGAUCUUCCGCAAGCUGUAACCUGACAGCACUGCCAGCGCCUCCCGGCACUGCUGUCCCCACCGAUGCCUCCUGCAGGGGUGUCACUGUCCCACCAUGGCUGCCACUGGGGCUGGGGACAGCAGUGGUGGGACAGACUCACCCCAGGUGGAGCUGACUUGGCUGUGGGGGGUCCAUCUGCCCUGCUGUCUUUGGGGUCCCCUUUGCAGUGGGGCUGAACCAGCCUGGACCGCAAGAGCCAGCACAGCUGCCAUGGGGGGACACAACAUUCCUGGCAUCAGGGAGACUCCUUACUCCAUUUCCUCAGAGGAUGCUGUGCUGAUAAUGCCCCCCUUCCCCCCCUCCCCAGGACUGUGCUGCUGCCCCCUCAAUAAACUCUGUGGCUUUGCCCUCCAUA